AUGAUUUAAAAGGGAAAGAAAGUUACAUCAAUUUUAGUGGAAAGCUUUGAGAAACUCUUUAAACUAAUACCAGAAUCAUUACCAGAUGAGAUGAAAGAAAGAAUUAAAUCUUCUAUUCAGAGUAUAACCUAGCAGGAUGCUGAUUUAAAUAAACUUUAAGAAUAUGUUUCAUAUAUUCAUUCUGAUGAUAUCAAUAUUUCAUUUUUAGGACUCAGUCAAUGCAAAAAAUUAUUGAGUAACACUCAACUUACUAGAGACUUGGAUGCAAUUAUUGAUAUUGUACUUCGAACAAAUAUUGAAUUAAAACUUUUUGAAAUAGCAAAAAAUAAUAGUGUCUAAUUGUUGAAAUAUUAAGCACUUGCCAUAAUUUGUAGCUUUGCUUGUGGAACUUAAAAUUAAAUUUAAAAUAUUUUAGAUAAUGAUAGAGUGGAUGUUCUUUUUCAAACUAUCAAUUCUGAAUAUGAUGAAAUAAUUGGUUUGGGAGUUUACACUUUAACCAACAUUUCAUCAAAUAACAUUUAUUUUAGAGACCUUUUAUUGGAAAAAGGAGUUGUGUAAUAAUUUAUCAGUUUAGCAACAAAGUGUAAAGGCGAGAAACUUGAAACCUUUAGAAUAAUUCUCUGGGCAAUCAGUAAAUUCGCCAAUAUCAAACCAAUGAUUUAAAUGCAUAUUGAAGAUUUGAUUAAGUUUCUUUCAGAAAUUAUAAUAGCUGUUGAUGAAGAAUAACAAUUAAUUGAUGCCUGUUGGGGGUUAGGUUACUUAAGUCAAAAUGAUAAUCAAAUACAUUUAUUAGUUAAAUUUGGAGUCAUUGAAAAACUAGUUAUGCUACUGCAUUUAGAAAACAAAAAUAUUGUAAUACCUGCCCUUAGGAUUUUAGGAAAUAUUUUAACUGGGACUGAAGAAUAAACAGAUUAAGUUUUAAAUGCAGGAGUCCUAUAAGGUUUUAUUAUCUAACUACAAUAAAGUAAUAAUUAAGCAAUUCGAUAAGAUAUCUGUUGGGCAUUAUCUAAUAUAGCUGCUGGCACUGUAACAUAAAUAAAAUAAAUUAUUACUAAAGAUUCACUUCUAUUAUCUCUUUUUCGAGAAUUAGAAAUUGGAGUUCCUAAAAUCGUUCAAGAAAUUGCUCAUUUUCUAUCAAAUAUUGUUAUUUAUGCAGAUAUAGAUGAUUUAGAUCAUCUUGUGAGGUCUUAUGGAUUAAUUUUAUAAAUUUCUAUGAUAUUAGAUUCAAUCGAUAAAAAUGUUGAAGUUAUUCUAGAAGGAAUCUUUUAAUUUAUAUAGAGGAUAAUCUAAGUUGGAAGAUUUUAAGCAUAUUACUAAUAUUUUGAAGAAUCCAAACUCAUUGAAAAAGUUGAAUAUUUAUAAAUCCAUUAAUCUAGCACAAUUUAUUAGAAAUGUAGUGAAAUUUUUGAGAUAUUCAUUUCUAAAAAAAAAAUUUGGGAACAACAUCUUAUUUGA